AUGGAUUACUCCAGGUUUGUCUUCCUGACAGUUCUCGCUUCAAUUAUAGAGGAUUCAUUUGCUACCUCCUGUGUGGUGGAUCAAUUCAGUGUGAAGAGUGGGUUUGACCACAAAAGGUAUUCUGGCAAGUGGUAUGCUGUGGCAAAGAAAGAUCCGGAAGGGCUCUUCCUUCAGGAUAACAUCUCAGCUGAAUACUUUGUGGAUGAUGAGGGAACAAUGACAGCUUUAUCAAAGGGAAGAGUGAAACUUUUUGGGUUCUGGGUAAUUUGUGCAGAUAUGGCAGCUCAGUAUAAUGUACCUGACCCUCACAUCCCAGGGAAAAUGGAAAUGGCUUACCAAGGACUUGCAAGCUACCUGUCCAGUGGAGGUGAUCACUACUGGGUUAUUGACACUGACUACGAUAACUAUGCCAUUACCUAUGCUUGCCGUAGACAGAAGGCUGAUGGAACCUGUGAUGAUGGUUAUGCUAUCGUCUUCUCCCGCAGCCCACUUGGUCUUCCACCAAACAUCCAGCGCAUUGUACGUCGGAAACAAGAAGAGAUUUGUCUCUCUGGACAGUUUGAACCAGUGCUGCAAUCUGGUGAGUAA